AGUAAGAUUCUGUUCUACGAUCGAUCAUUGCAUAACAAAUAAUAUUCGAACACACCAACAAGAGAUGGAAUAUGCUGUCGGAGGAAAAUCUUCCACAAGCUCUUCUACAUCUGAUUCAACUCCAGAAUGGAAAUAUGACGUUUUCUUGAGUUUUGCAGGAAAAGACACUUGCUUGAAGUUUACAGGUCACUUGGAUGAUGCUUUUAUCAAAAGUGGGAUCAACACUUUAAGGGACGAUGUAGAUUUUGAGAGAGGGGGAGCUAUAAAAGAUGAUCUCUUUCAAGCAAUUGAAGAUUCUCUUUGUUCAGUUCUUGUUAUCUCUGAAAAUUAUGCAAAUUCUACGUGGUGCUUGGAGGAACUCCAGAAGAUUCUGGAAUCCAAAAAGAAAUUGGGUCGACGUGUUUUUCCCAUCUUCUAUGAUGUCGAUCCAGCCGAUGUAAGAAAACAACAAAACAGUUUUGGAAAAGCCUUGGCUGAACAUGAAGACAAAUUUGGAAAAGAUGCAGAGAAAGUGCAAAAUUGGAAAAAUGUUUUAUUUGAAAUUGGCAAGUUGGCUGGUUGGGACACCAGGAGCAAGUACAUUUUAACUCAACUAGCAAAAAGAGAGGACUUAAGAUUUGGGAGGUGCAGGAAAAUGGCUCAAAUUUUGACUUGGGCAUAUUUCACAGUGAAUACAUGAUGUGGCAUGUGGUGGUGACGUGACAUGAUGUGGCACGUGCCGUGGCAUGAGGAGGUGCACACGUGACAGCUGAUGUGGCACAAGGUGUCACUUGACAUGACAUGAGAUGGCUAUUUUAUUUUCUUUUUUGAAAAAAAGACUUUUGAUAGUGAAAAGUCUUUUAGCGGCAACAUGUUGCCAUCAAAAGUCUUAUUUUUUUUUUUUGUGUCGUGUUCUACUUUCACUCAUACCUUCAAAAACAUUCAUUUAACGAGUUUUAAUUUCAUAUUAUUGGGACAAUUUACAGGUGAUUUGUAGAGCGAAUACAUCCAUU